CGGUGUUAACUAUUUACGUUACAUCAUACGAUAUCGGCCGAUUUUGCCAUAGUAGCGGGAAGCUAACUUGUUGACAGCUGAAAAUUAACAAAAAUGUCUUUAUUACAAACACUUAUCUUAUGUAUAUUCAUCCAUUGUUUUGUCGGAAAGGCAACGGCAUCGCCAUGGAAACCAUGUUCAAUGCAAAUGGCAGCAAAAAUCAGCAAAGUAGCAGUGGCCGGCUGUAAUAUGGAUGGUGCUAUAUGUGAUCUUAAGAGGGGCAGCAAUGCAUCACUUUCUGUUACAUUUACUCAGAAUACAGAAGAAAAUAAAGCUGUUGCCAAGGUACAUGGUUUGAUUGCUGGUGUGCCCAUCCCAUAUCCGGUGAACAAUCCGGAUGCCUGCAUCUAUUCUAAGAGUGGAAUUAAUUGUCCUUUAAAGCCUGGUACUCAGUAUGUUUACCAUCAUCUGGUACCUGUGAAAGCUGCUUAUCCCAAGAUAGGGGUUCUUGUGGAAUGGAACCUGGUGGGGAACGAAGGAUCAAUCUUUUGUUUAAUGUUGAAUGCUCAAAUCGUAGAUUAAUGCUGAUGAAAUAGUCAUCUGAUCCAGCAUUUUCAUGUUUCAAAACAUGAUAGUAUCCAAAGGGGGUUACUCUUCACAGAAAUCGUUCUUAUUCUUCAUGCAUGUCAGUCUCUGAAACCUCUCUCAUUCCUCAUCAUGUCUGGGUACAGAUCAUAGAGUAAUCCCCCCUUUGAGUACUGAUACAUACUGACAUGCUGAUGUAGUCUGGAGCCAUGUUGAUCUGUGACUCGAGGGAAAUGACUGAUUAACAUGAUGAAAUAUAAAGGGGAAAUAACUCUGCUUUAUGUUCGUUUACAUAAUCAGGCCAGGAUCAAGCUUUGAAUUGUUUUUGCGGUCUUAUGAGGGACGACUUCUCAAAUCUGAGAUAAAUUUAAACCCGAUUCGUCGGAUGUACCAAAUCAGGAUUUAGGGGAAAUUUUGAUGAUUUUCUGGGUUACUCUGUGUAAUCUGGGGUGAUUGGCACCCAUGAUACAUGUAAUUUUAUACUUCAUUCUAAAUAAGAUUACAAAAAUAAACAACUAUUUUCUAAUAUAUAUACAAAGUGUAUACCAUUCCGAAAGUUUUGAUUAGGUAGAAGAAAAUCUGGUUUGGGUGAUUCGCUUUGGGUACUAUCUUGUUUUUAUUCCUAUGGGUAUACGUGUACACAUGUAUGUAUAUGUGUCAUUGUGUGUGUGGGAGUUGGGAAAGAAAGGGACCUAUGAGAUGAUGAGUCAUGAUGAACGCUGAACAAGGCUCCAAAAUGACCUGAUGUAUGUUUACAUUUGAACUGAAAUAUAUAUAUAUGAUCAGAUGACAACAUAAUGUAACAAGAUUUUAUGAGAGAUGUACAUUUAAUAUCUGAAGUGGUAGAUAAAGGGCCUUAAUGGUAUCUCCUUUGUUGAGUGAAUGAAGUAUGGAUGAGAGAGAUAACUCCUAAAUGUGUUUAGUUGUUUUUUCAUUUAAAUGUUUAUCACACCAAAAAUCUCCACAAUAUUGGUUUUUACUUAAGAUCAGAAUUAUUGUUAGUUUUUCCAUAUUUAAUGUUUUUGAAAGGUAAACAUGGACAUUGUUUGUCAUAAUUGUUAAUAUUCAAAAACACUAUGUGAAAAAACUCAGCUAAACAAAGUACAACAUAAUGACAUGUUUAUACAAACUAUAUCGGUCAACUAGUCCGAUAUAAUACCAAGUAAGAUUAGAUACAGACCUAUAUCAAUGGCAUUAUUGGGAACUUUUUAUUAUCUCUUGCACUUGUAAGUUUUCCAAAAUAUCAAUAUUUAAAUAUCACAACAUUGUUGUUUACAAAUCUGUUUAUUUUUCAACAUCAGCAUGUUUUUGACCAUAUAUGUUUGAAUUUGUGGAUGAAGUAUACUUAUAGGGAUAUACAGUAUAUAUAUAUUGUAUGCUGCAUAUCCUGAACCAUUUGAAGAAUUUGUUGUUAUACCUAAUAAGUAAAUACAAUUGUAGUGAACUUUGGAGGAGUUGAGAUUGGCCCAAAUUCCCAAUUCUGGUCUAUAGAUAUGAACUGUAUGGACCAUUGGUCGGGUUAUAGAAGGUGACUACUUUUUGUUUGUAGACCAUUUACCAUGUUAAAAUUUUGUAUAGAUGGUUAUCAGUGUUAAUAUGAUUUUGAUAUAAUUGAUGUUCUGAAACAAAGAUGGACUUUUUUAGACACUAAUACUCAAAGAAUGUAUGACAGGUUUUAAGACUUUCAUCAACUUUACUAACUGUGACUCUCAAGUAACACUUUUAAAAAAUUGGUUUCUUGCCAUACUUAUGGAUAUCUUAAGUUGAAAACCUUUAUUGAUUGUGUAAAGUGUUAUUAUAUCUGAAAAAAUAUGUACAGUUGUAUAAAAUAAUAUGAGUUAUGGAAUCCUAAGAUCUGAAUAUAUGCUUUUCCUUUAUAAGAUUUACAUCACCAGUACAAACAUAUACAUACACACUGUACUUUUAGAGAUUAAUAAAAAGUAAUACCUGUACAUUGUAAAUCAAGGCCUCAAAACUGCUCGCUACAAAAUUAUUCAGAUUUAAGAGAAAGUUUAUGAUUACAAUCAAUACAUUUUUUACAGUGUUCAAAUUUUGAAAUGUGCAUAUACAUGUUGCAUAAUAUGCUUGAACUUGUUUGAAUUAAAUAUUUAAAAAAAAAUACUGUGCUGAAAAUAGUGCUUUUCAUGUAUACAUAAAAAUAUAUUGUUUUUGUUUUGUGUUUCUAAUUGAGUACACUGUCUUAUUGGGGACGGAUGUGAUCAAACUUGUACAAUGUAUAUGUUAUUUAUGAAGAACAAUUACAUGUUUUGUCCAAAAUAACAUGGGUUUGAUGAGUUUAUAACCAUGUACUGUUACAGUAGUGAUUGGGUAAAUCACAAUCGACCAAACUAGAAGUGCCCAGUCAGACUUUCUAUGUGACCCUGUGACUAGCCACUUCUUGUUUGUGAGUCAUUUUUCGUUUUCUUUGAGAACACAUCAAAUUUAUUGUUAUUUGUAAGACUGCAUUUCAUUUGAGAAUAUAUUAUUGUUUGCAAGUUCCAAUGUAUAGAUCUGUCACCAGUUAUAUUCCAAUGUAUAGAUCUGUCACCAGUUAUAUUCUAAUUAAUAGAUCUCUCAACUGCAAUAUUCCUAUGUAUAGAUCUGUGUACAGUUGGUACAAAGUAGGAUAUUUUGUUAUUGUGUUUUUGACAAACCAUCAUCACUGAUAUUGACCAUGUAGACAUUAUUCUUUGAUUUGAAAUCUGUCCAUCCUUUUUGAGGUAAAGAUUAUUAGCAAUUGACCUAGUGCCUAUUUGGCUGGGUGAAAAUUUCUUUAGGAGUGGUAAAUUUAUAUAUUAAAGAAAAUGUGUCUAAACCUACCAACAAAAAGCUAUUGUAAUCUCACAGAUUUUGAAGGAUUCUAUUUUUAAAACAUUGAAAUGUCAAUCAGUUACUUUUGUAUAUGACACUGGUAUGAGAAUAAACCAUAUUUUGUAACAAAA